AUGAAUGAGGACUUGAUCAAUAGCGCAGUCAGCUUUCUCAAGGACCCCAAUGUGGCGCUGUCGCCGCUAAACAAGAAAGUGGAGUUUUUGGAGACAAAAGGACUCAAUGAACAUGAGAUUGAAGAAGCUUUGAAGAGAGCCAACAACGCCUCGUCUUCAUCGUCGACUUCGACCACAGUCACUCCAUCCACCAGCCAGCCUCAACAACCUCAACAACCCCAGGGACCCCCGGUGCCAUAUGACUACUACGGUAUGGCUCCUCAGCCUCCUGAGAGAACUUGGAAGGACUACUUCAUCAUGGCCACAGCAACCGCCGGAGUUACCUACGGCUUGUACCAGGUUGUGAUUGAUGCCGACAAGGAGGCGAUCGACGAGGAGUUCAUCAAGAUUGACAAGGUGCUCGAGCAACUCGGCACUGAGCAAAAGGAGAUUAAAGAUGCUAAUGAGGGCAAGCUCAAGGAGAUCGACGUUGUGAUUGACAAUAUCAACGACUUCUUGAGCAAGUACAACAAGGACAAGUUGAAGUUUGACGACGACUUGCGGUUGAUGAAGCUCGAGGUAGACAACUUAAAGAACAGUGUGGAGAAGAACAUGAAGUUGACCAAGGACAACCUUCAGGACGAGCUUGCCGAAAUCACUGAGGAGUUGGGUUCCUUGAAGAACUUGAUCAAGGCACGUAGCGGGAACUCCCUGGCCGACAACAGUGGGCCCCGCAAGGUGGCUCCAGUCUCGUCCAUCCCAUCCGCUUCCGAGAUCUUGAAGAAGGCCAAGAACAAGAGCACAAAUAAUGCUCCCACAAACAACUCUGCUGGAUCCUCGCAGCCUAACAGCGGCGACCACAGCAAAAACAGCAGCAACGCCCAGUCGCCAGUGCUGAACUUCGCCACGACGCUGAAGGAGACGAGGCCCUCUACACCGGGCAAUAUUUUUGCCGCCGGUAUUCCAGAGUGGCAGCUCAAGCACAAGCAGGCCGAGGAGCAGGCUGAGAAGGAGAAGAAGCAGGCUGAGAAGGAGAAGAAGCAGGCCGAGGCAGGCGAGGGUGACGCCGAGAAGCCAGAGGACAAGGAAGAGUUGAAGGACCUGAUGGCAGCAUGGCAGCAGCACACUGCUAACGAGAACAACGACGACGAAGUUGUCAAGAAGUCGAUCGAGAGUGUUGGUGUUCCCGCAUGGCAGCUCAGCGCUGGCAACAAUUAA